AUGCGGGUCUUCACUUCUUUGACGGCCUUGGUAGCCGGCACCGUAGUGCAGCACGCAAGUGCUCAGGCAGAUUACGGAACGCAUGGCAGCAACCGGGGCAGCAGUCCUAAUGGCAAUGGCAACUCUGCUGGCCUUCCUGCCGGAUCUCCAAACGGUGACCCCAAUGGCAAUGCCUAUGGAAAUCCAAGUGGAAAUUCCAAUGGCUCUCCUGCUGGCCUCCCUGGAAAUCUCCCCGGUUCAACCCCUGACAUGUCUACCUGCGCUCUCCAAGUCGUCACAACAGUUUUUGUCACUGUAUAUCCUACUAGCCAUCUUACGCCUUCCGGUGUUAUCCAGCCCAGUGACUUUGACCCUGACCAGACCAUUCAUCAAACUGCGUUCCCUACUACACCCAUCCCAAUUUCUUCAGCUGAAUCUGUUGAGGCCGCACACACCAGUGUCAAACCCUUCACCACACUCACAAUCGACGUUUGGGGCAGCGAUCCUGAUUCAUCAAACGCUUUUCCAUCUGAUGAUCCGUCCGCCCCUGUCUACACUGAUGGCGCUUCUGACCCUGCUGAGACCUCCGCGGACUACCCUGAUGGUUUCCCUUCACAGACCCCUUGGCCCAGCAAUUUACCGGCGUCUGAGCCUUGGGAACAUCCCACACCAUCAGACGGACAGUCAUCUUUCAGCGCUGGACCGGUUGUUGGUUCUCCUACCGCUAUCCCUCCUGAGAAUUCCGCAUACGGCAAUGGGGAUGACUUCCCUAACAUUUCCUCCAACCCCAAUGGCGGACAACCAUCAGAAUACUCAUCACCAACUGGUACAGGCGCUGAUGAAAACGGCAACCAUCCUAUUCAAGUGACAGUCAUUGGCUCAGAUGGGAAACCAACCGUCCUCGAAUUCCCUGGCGCCCAACCCAGCAACGGCAAUGGCAAUGGCGCUGGCCAACCUUUUCCCACAGUCACCGCUCCAAUCUCUGGCUUCACUCCGGGCGGUGCCUCAGUAACUUCAGGCGUCUUAGCAACGGCAGGUGAGACCAUGUGUACCAGCUACACCAUCAUCGGGCCCAAUGGAGUUCCCACAGUCGUCCACUCUACUUGGGUCGACUUCCCAACAGCCACUGCUGGCCUCCCUUCUGGUUUCCCAUCGGGUUUCCCAUCCGGUCUUCCAUCCGGUCUUCCAUCCGGUCUUCCAUCAGGCUUCCUUUCUAGCCUUCUCUCCGGCCUUCCUUCAGGUUUUCCAUCAGGCUUUCCUUCUGGGUUUCCUUCUGGAUUUCCUUCUAGCCUUCUCUCCGGUCUCCCAACCAACCCCAGUGUCAUCACGGGCUUGCCUGGCGGACCAGUCAUCGCGACACACACUGAGUUCACUGUUCUUGGCCCUGAUGGACUUCCAACCGUCAUUGAGUCCUCCUGGCUGGUGCCCGCACCGACGAACACGCAGCUGGGUAUCUCCAGUCCGAAUUCUGUAGGUGGAUUCCCAAAUCAAGUCACGGGCAUCCCAACUCAAACUGCUGGAACGGCGGCUGGCGUGAGCGUGGAUGGCAGUACAACUUGCACAAGCUAUACAGUACUGGGACCUGAUGGCCUUCCAACUGUCAUUGGUACCACUUGGGUCGUUCCAAACCCGACUGCCGGCGCGAUUCCUGCCAACGUCGUCACUGGAGUCCCAAGCCAAGUUAGCGGAGUUUCUGGUUUCCCUUCACAGUUUGGAACAAACGUUGGUGGUGCGAAUGCCGUCACGACUUGCACGAGUUAUACUGUCCUGGGACCUGACGGUGUUCCCACAGUUGUUGAGUCCAUCUUUGUUGUGCUCGCGAGCAGCGCUCUUCCUGCAGUUACCAACGGACUGCCUCUGCCUCCUGCUCAAGCUUCUGGCUUUCCACAAGGCACCCCAAACCUUCCAGAGGGAGGUAAUUUUGCCACAACUUGCAUCACAGUCGGUGUUAUAGGACCAGAUGGAUUUCCAACGCCUGCCAUCCAAACAAUUGUCAUCCCUACCAGUGGUCUAGGCAGUGCUUUGCCUGCCCAAACCAACCUUGGGUACCCUUCUCUUGUACCUGCCCAAACCGGUCUUCCUCUUCCCCAAGGAGGUCUUUCUGCUACUCCUGCUGGAAGUGGACUUUUCACCACCUGCAUUACGGUUACCACACUAGGACCAGAUGGUAUGGCAACGCCUGUUGUUCAGACUAUUGUCGGUUUGCCGAGUGGUGCCGAUCUUGGGGCUCCGAGCGGGAGUUUGAUCAACCUUCCUACCCUAACUCAAUACGGAUCUUUUGGAACCGGUCUGCCAGUUGUUUUGCCGCCGUCUGCAGUGGUUUCUGGCCUUGCGGAACCAACAGGGACUGUCACUGGUACCCGCACUUCGACUUUUACUGUCACGAAUGGUCCUGAUGGACGGCCUGCCUCUCUCGUUCCGUACGGUGACGAAUGGAACAAUCAAGCUCCAGUGUUGGAAUCUUCGCCGCUGUCA